UUCAAAUACUCUCCACAUGAGCCAAACCUUCAAAAAAAUCGAUGGAAAUUCAUUUUAUCAGUGGAAAAUCCCCAAAUUAUCUGCUUAAAUCGACUGAAAAUUCAGGGUUUUACCCAAGGCUAUGUUCUUCUUUUCGGAGAAAAUAUUACAAUUUUGCUAGUUUUCAAUCCCCAAAAGCUUCUAUUUAUGGGUGGCCACGCAAGACUGGUAGUGCUGUAUUAACCAGAGCUUUUUCAGCGAAAGCAGCUGCCACAAAUUUGUCAGUUGCUGUGGGUGAGAACGAUGUCUUAGCAGCCUUAUCUCAGAUCAUAGAUCCCGACUUUGGCACAGAUAUUGUCUCAUGUGGAUUUGUGAAAGACCUUCACAUUGAUGAAGUUCUUGGAGAGGUCUCAUUUCGACUGGAGCUUACAACACCGGCAUGUCCCAUAAAGGACAUGUUUGAACAAAAGGCAAAUGAGGUUGUGGCCGCACUGCCUUGGGUGAAACGUGUGAAUGUAACGAUGUCAGCACAACCUGCAAGGCCUGCUUUUGCUGGGGAUCUCCCCCAAGGGUUGCAGACCAUUUCCAACAUUGUUGCAGUUUCAAGUUGCAAGGGAGGUGUGGGAAAAUCUACUGUAGCUGUUAACCUUGCAUACACACUAGCUGGUAUGGGAGCUAGAGUUGGCAUAUUUGAUGCCGAUGUUUAUGGUCCAAGCUUGCCAACAAUGGUUUCCCCUGAAAACCGUUUGCUGGAAAUGAACCUAGAGAAAAGAAUGAUAAUCCCUACAGACUAUCUGGGUGUGAAACUGGUCUCUUUUGGUUUUGCUGGGCAAGGGCGUGCUAUAAUGCGUGGCCCUAUGGUUUCUGGGGUCAUCAAUCAGCUGCUUACUACCACUGAAUGGGGAGAGCUCGAUUACCUUGUUAUUGAUAUGCCUCCUGGAACUGGUGACAUUCAGCUUACUUUGUGUCAGGUAGUUCCUUUAACUGCAGCCGUCAUUGUAACCACUCCCCAAAAGCUGGCAUUCAUUGAUGUUGCAAAGGGAGUUCGCAUGUUCUCAAAGCUUAAGGUUCCAUGCAUUGCAGUUGUUGAGAACAUGUGCCAUUUUGAUGCUGAUGGGAAACGAUAUUACCCAUUUGGCAGAGGUUCAGGUUCUCAGGUUGUUCAACAAUUUGGAAUCCCUCAUCGUUUUGAUCUUCCCAUUAGACCAACUCUUUCAGCUUCAGGAGAUAGUGGAAUGCCUGAAGUUGUGAAUGACCCUCAAGGAGAAGUUGCUCAAACAUUUCAAGAUAUUGGAGUAUGUGUUGUUCAACAGUGUGCUAAGAUUCGCCAGCAAGUGUCAACGGCUGUAACCUAUGACAAAUCUUUGAGAGCAAUCAGGGUGAAGGUGCCAGAUUCAGAUGAAGAGUUUUUAUUGCAUCCUGCAAUAGUGCGCCGGAACGAUCGCUCAGCUCAAAGUGUUGAUGAGUGGACUGGAGAGCGAAAACUUCAAUAUGCUGAUGUUCCUGAAGACAUUGAGCCUGAGGAUAUACGGCCAAUGGGAAACUAUGCAGUGUCCAUAACAUGGCCCGAUGGAUUUAAUCAGAUAGCGCCCUAUGAUCAAUUGCAGAGCAUUGAAAGGUUGGUUGAUGCUCCUCUAUCCUCUGCACACCAUAACACUGAAGCUUCUACAGGGGUUUUGGAACGAGAAUUAUCUCUCUAGUUAAUUGCAGAGAAAAUGUAAAAUAUAUUUUAUGUAAUUUGCUGGGAGCUUCUAUGAGUAUUACGAGAUAAAGUAUCGACUCUCUUGUUUGGAUUUCCA